AUUUUAUUUUUGUUGUUGUUGUUGUAGAAAUUGGAUCUAAAGAAGAAGAAAGGUGAUCCCUAAUUUUCUCGAUAUUGUUCUUCGAAACCAUGGCGAAUGAAUUCGGCUGCGCUGGGAUAGGCGUCUUCUGGAACAUGGUGGAUUUCCCAAUUUCUGAUGAUGUUGAUCGUGAUGAGAUUUUUGGGAAUAUCACUUCUUCUCUUUCUAGUAAGCGGUACUUAGGUGAUUUGUCAAUCUGGGCUUAUACUGAGGAGAAUACGCCAAAUUGUUAUGGUGCCGGAAUCAUCUUCGGCCAAGGUGAUAUAUCUUGUCUAACUAAUAAAAUGAUAAUGGACAUGCUUUUCUGGGCAAUGAACACUCGUGAACCAUCAAAUUUGAUCGUAAUCGCAAAAGACAUCACAGAAGAAUCGGAGCUCAUCAGUGUUCUUGGAUUCUUGAAAUCGAAAAAUUUCAAUGUUGUCCUUGUAGAUGAAGUCGAACCGGAUGUGCUUCCUGGUAUUGUAAGCUCGGUAUGGCCUUUCAGAAGCCUAUUAUUAGAUGGAUGAAACCCUAUCUUCCGAAUCGGAUCCGCUUGGUUCGACAAUCGACAUUAUCAAUCUCACCUUUUAUUAUGUAUGGUCCUUUGUUUUAUGUGGAAAGACUUUGGUUUUGUGUAUGAAAACAUUGUAGUUUUAUCUUUGUUCUUUUUCAUUGUGGAAAGACUUUUGGUUUUGUUACAUUGAUGUUUCAUCUUUGUUCUGUUUCUCUCCUUGUCCUAAUGCUUUCUUCAUCAUUA